UAUGCAUGCAUGCAUUUCCCUCCAACAUAGGCGAGUGUUUCUCCUCGCCAUUUCUUCAAUCUAAAAUCAUGGACUUCCUUCCAAAUCUAAGCAAUUUCACUCGCUUGCUUAGACCAAAGAAUCUCUGUUUCUCACCUUCCCAAAUCCCUCCAUCCUUCUCUCAUCAUCAAUCUUUCAAUUUUCUAUUGCCAUUUUCAAGGACUCACUACCAAAUUAUUGAUCUUUUGGGCUUUCAAAUAUCAUAAUUUGUUUCAGAAAGGUAGUGGUUUUGCUACUAUAUGUCAUUGAAUGAUCAAUGUAGCAUUUCAUCAUACAAUUAAUAUGCAAUGGUUGAUCCCCACUUGUAUUUUGUGAAUUUGGAUUCAUAUUGUUCUUAGCUAGUUAUUGGAGAGCUUCAAGUUAUGGAAAUGAGCGGAGACGGAGAGAAAAUUAGAAUUUUCUGGCUACCUCAUGUUCUAUUACUUCUUAUGGUUGUUUUAUAUUUACUGCCUUGUGCACAUUGUGAGGAUGGGGAUGAUUAUAGACGAACUGGAAACCCUGUCUUGCUUCCCAUGCUGACAGAAUCGAUCUAUAAACGGCUUUCAAAUCUCAGCAUAAUAUUUAGUGAUUCUAUAUUGGACACAGCUAAUUUUUGCAUAAAGAAUGUAAAAGCAGAUUGGGAUAGGGCAUUCAAUUAUAAUGGGAACUUGGAUUUCAUAAGUAAUUGUUUAAAGAAGACUAAAGGGGAUAUCACACACCGAUUAUGUACAGCAGCAGAAAUCAAAUUCUAUUUCAUUAGUCACUUUCAAAGGGGGGGAACAAAGGCAAAUUACUUAAAACCUAACAAGAAUUGCAAUUUGACCUCUUGGCCUCCUGGAUGUGAACCGGGAUGGGGUUGUAUUGCUGACAUGAAUGAGAAAGUUGAUAUUGAAAAUUCAAAGGAAAUGCCUGUGAGGACUCGUGAUUGCCAACCUUGUUGUGAGGGAUUCUUUUGUCCUCAAGGUCUCACUUGCAUGAUACCUUGCCCCUUAGGUUCUUAUUGUCCAGCUGCAAAACUCAAUGACACAACAGGAAUAUGUGAACCAUAUGGUUAUCAAAUACCUCCAGGACAACCAGAUCAUGGUUGUGGUAGUGCAGAUACAUGGUCUGAUGUUGGUAGUGAUAGUGAAAUAUUUUGUCCUCCAGGAUCAUAUUGCCCAAGUACAACAGUUAAAGUUCCUUGCAGUAGUGGACAUUACUGCAUGAUGGGUUCCACCACUCAAACAUCAUGCUUCAAGUUGACUAACUGUGGAGCAAAUACUGCAAACCAAAGUCUCCAUGCUUAUGGGGGAAUCCUAAUUGUUUCAUUGACUACUCUACUUCUCAUUAUUGUUAACUGCUCAGACCAAGCUCUCUCCACACGAGAAAGAAAAGCGGCCAAAUCCAGAGAAGCUGCAGCAAGGCAUGCGAGAGAAACUGCACAAGCACGUGAAAGGUGGAAAGCUGCAAAAGAGGAAGUUAGGAACCGUGCAACUGGAUUACAACAACAGCUCUCCCGGGCAUUUUCUCGUCAAGUUAAACCUAGGUCAGAGGAUAACUUAUCAUCCGUGACUUCAAGUGAAUCAAACCAAUCAUCCAAAGCCGCAAAAGGAAACAAAAAAGAACCAAGUAGCCUUGCAAAAAUAAUUCAAUCUCUCGAGGAUGAUCCAAAUAACGACGAAGGCUUUAAUCUGGAGAUUGGAGGUAAAAAGCAAAUGCCAAAAGGUAAACAGUUGCACACUCAUAGCCAAAUUUUCAAGUAUGCAUAUGGUCAACUCGAGAAGGAGAGAGCUUUGCAGCAAGAGCAAAAGAACUUGACCUUCUCAGGGCUAAUAUCAAGGGCUUCUGAUACUGAUAUAAAGACAAGACCGGUGAUAGAGGUUGCUUUUAAAGAUCUAACCCUUACUUUGAAAGGGAAAAAAAAACAUCUUCUUAGAUGUGUCACUGGAAAAAUCAUGCCAGGUCGAGUUUCUGCUGUCAUGGGUCCAUCAGGAGCUGGCAAGACAACUUUUCUUUCUGCUUUGGCAGGAAAAGUAACUGGAUGUACCAUGGAAGGUUUAAUUCUUAUAAAUGGUAAAAAUGAAUCCAUUCAUUCCUAUAAGAGAAUUAUUGGUUUUGUGCCACAAGAUGAUAUCGUGCAUGGAAACUUGACAGUGGAAGAGAAUCUUCGAUUUAGUGCAAGAUGCAGAUUACCUGAUGACAUGCCUAAAGCUGACAAGGUCCUAGUUAUUGAAAGAGUUAUCGAGUCAUUAGGAUUACAGGCAAUUAGAGAUUCUUUAGUUGGGACAGUAGAGAAAAGAGGAAUUUCGGGAGGCCAAAGGAAACGUGUGAAUGUUGGACUUGAAAUGGUCAUGGAACCUUCAUUAUUGAUUUUAGAUGAGCCCACAUCAGGUUUGGAUAGUGCAUCUUCACAAUUGCUUCUAAAAGCUCUACGACGAGAAGCUAUUGAAGGAGUAAACAUCUGCAUGGUACUCCAUCAGCCUAGCUAUGCACUGUACAAGAUGUUUGAUGAUUUAAUACUUCUGGCAAAAGGUGGUCUUACUGUGUAUCAUGGUUCCACAAAGAAAGUUGAAGAAUACUUUGCUGGCCUUGGGAUUAUUGUACCAGAGCGUGUUACUCCUCCUGAUCACUUCAUUGACAUUCUGGAGGGUAUAAUUAAACCAAAUGGAAAUAUAACUCGUGAACAAUUGCCUAUCAGAUGGAUGCUGCAUAAUGGGUAUCCAGUGCCUCCAGAUAUGUUGCAUCAUGUUGAUUCACUUGGUAGAGAUACAAUUACAAGUGAUACAGAUGAUCCUAAUGCUGUAGCUAUUGAACAAUCUUUUGCUGGAGAUUUAUGGGAGGAUGUGAAAUGUAAUGUUGAGAUACAGAAAGAUCAUAUACAACAUAAUUUUUUGAAGUCUAAGGAUCUAUCCAAUCGUAGAACUCCUAGUGCAUCUCACCAAUUUAGAUAUUUCCUUGGAAGGGUUACCAAACAACGAUUACGAGAAGCUAGACUGCAAGCGGUUGAUUAUUUGGUCUUAUUACUAGCUGGAGCAUGCUUAGGAACUCUUACAAAAAUGGAUGAUGAAACAUUUGGAACCACUGGCUAUACUUUUACUGUCAUUGCUAUUUCAUUAUUAUGCAAGAUUGCAGCUUUAAGAUCAUUUUCUCUUGAUAAAUUACACUACUGGAGAGAGAGUGCAUCUGGAAUCAGCAGUCUAGCCUAUUUUCUAUCAAGAGAUACACUUGACCAUUUUAACACAAUUGUCAAACCUCUGGUUUAUUUAUCCAUGUUCUAUUUCUUCAAUAAUCCUAGGUCAACUUUCAUCGACAAUUAUAUUAUUUUGGUUUGCCUUGUCUACUGUGUGACUGGUAUAGCUUAUGUUUUUGCCAUCCAUCUUGGACCUACUCCUGCCCAACUGUGGUCAGUGCUUACUCCUGUUGUCCUGACUCUUGUUGCAACUCAAGAGCAACAAAGCAAAUUUGUUAAGAUUUUGGGAAAUUUUUGCUACCCAAAAUGGGCCAUGGAAGCUUUUAUCAUUGCAAAUGCUCAAAGGUACUCUGGAGUCUGGUUGUUAACUCGAUGCCGCUCGUUAUUAACAAACGACUAUGAUAUUGGACAUUGGUCUCUUUGUCUAGAACUCCUUAUUCUUACUGGCAUAUUCAGUCGUUUUACAGCUUACUUUCUGCUAAUCACCUUCCAAAAAAAGUGAACUGAGAAUUAACUGUUCAUGUUCAUAUGGUAUUUUGUUGCAGGCAGUUCUUACAUAGAUCAUGUUUACAUGGAUCCAUAGUGUAAAUGUGAACUCCAUUAUAAUUUUAUAAUAUGAAUUCAUAUGGAUCCGAUC